AUGGAAGAAGAUACGUUUGAGACUGAAAAAGAGCUUGUGGAAAGUAUCAAACAAGAAGCAAAUGAACUAUUUGCUAAAGGAGAAUUCCAAGAAGCUAUUCAACGUUAUACACAAGGCAUAUUAAAUUGUCCAGAAGAUGAAAAACGAUUAAUGAGUGUAUUGUAUUCAAACAGAGCUGCAUGCCAUAUUAUGCUUGAUAAUAUAGAUAGUGCUCUAGUUGAUUCAAAUGAUGCAAUUGACUUUGAUGACACCUAUACAAAAGCUUAUUUAAGAAGAUUUACUGUAUUGGAAAAGAAAGAAAAAUGGCAUGACGCUUUGAGAGAUAUUAAUAAAGCUUUUGAAUUGGAUGAAAAUUUGAAGAAUGAUACAAAUUUAAUCAAAAGGCAUAAAAAUGUUGAAAAAAAUUCUGCAGAAUUAUUUAAUAAAGAAAAAGACGAAAUGGUUGGAAAACUUAAAGACUUGGGAAAUAUGUUUCUAGGCAAAGUUGGGUUGUCUCUUGACAAUUUUCAGGUAGAACAGAAUCCUCAAACUGGAUCAUAUAAUAUCCAAUUUAAACAAAGUUAA